AUGCAACAAGUAAACCAUCGCAGGUUCUCACCGUCAGCCCAAGCUGUACCGGAACCUGAAUAUCUACCGCAGACGAUUUCCCAUGAUGUUACAUCACCGGAUCUGGAUGGUCUGUCCGACCCCAUUGACAAUAGUGCGUUUUACCAACCCGUUAGGACCCAACGACCGUUUAUAAUGAGGCGCACUUCUUCCAUCUCCCCAUUUCUUCAACCAUCACCUACCUUCUAUCCCCCACCACAGUCGGGGAAUCCCCGACAUUUCUCAUCUAUACCAGCGGCGCGUGGCUACCUCCCCCAGCAAAUGUGGCCUCGAGAGUACCGUUCAACACCGGGAGGCACCCGUGCCAUCCCCUUACGAAUACCUCGCUCUAUCAUGAAUAAGUCUGACUCACACCCCAGCUCUAUUCCAUUAUUGCAAUCACCAUCGGUUCGGCCAUACUCAGUUCCUGCUUCUUUAAACCGGAAUACUAGUAAAGAUGGUCCCUUCUACCUACCAAGGCCAGCCACUUCAUUGACAUUCAAUGACAAUGACAACCUGAGUUCACCUCACCCACUCGCAUUCCCACAGCGCAGGGCAUCCCAGAUGAACCAUAUCGAUUCUCUAAUUUCAUCCUCGACUACUUCAGGGGAAAUAGCACAGAUAAAGAAGCCUCGUGGGAGUAUACGUGCUGUUGCUAAACGAGGUUCUGGAAAACUAUCAUCCGACACUGGCCAAAGGGAAAGUAAUUAUCGAGAAUCCGGCCAAACCAUGAGCACCUCUAAAACGAGUCUUAGUCCCCUCCAAGGACCAAAACGAGCCGCACAAAAUGACCUGAUGAAUUCAAAUAGUUCAAAACGGCUCAAAAUCAAUGUGAUCCGGGACAUAUCUACAUUAUGUGACUCGAAAAAUGAAUCUAGGAUCGGUGCAAUCACGACGGUGCCCCAGAGACUACAACGCCCGGAGACGGACGGGACUUUGAAAGUUAGUCAGCAUGCUCCUAGUAAACUUGGUGCUGAUGGGAUCCUUUUCGAGGGGAAAUCUAUGUCACUCGACUGCCAAUCCGUAGUAGAGCCAGAAAGCACCGUAGAUGCUCGAGAGGAGCCAAGCUGGAAACUCGAUGAUGAUGAUCCGGAGCCCCGACUUUUUAGAAUUGCUGAGUUGUUGAGUGCCCAAAAGGAAAAGGGCAUGGGCGAAUAUGUGAAGUCUAGGCUUGGCUCAGGAGAGCCCAAUGUCCUAGAGGUCACAGCAAAUGAAGUUCUGCUGGGAAUGGUCGCUGCUGACAGCAGACUCCUCGGGCAGGCGAUACAUUUCAUGUAA